CAGCAAGGGUGCGGGGCUGGAGCAGUUUCAGAGCUCCGACCCAGACCGAAGACCGGUCCCCAAGGCGCCGGGUAACAUGCCACUCCCUGACCUGAGACCCUGGGCCAGCCUGCUGCUGCUGGACUUGGCCUUGCUCUGGCUACUUCAGGGGACCCUGGGGGCUCUGCUCCCUGGAGGGCUUCCUGGCCUAUGGCUGGAGGCAGCCGUCCGCCUUGGGGGCCUCUGGUGCUUGCUGAAGCUGAGAGGGCUGCCGGAGGUUGGGGGGACACUGCUGCCCAUGCUCUGCCUGGUGCUGCCCCUCUUUCUCUCACUGAGGGCUCUGGUCCCAGGGGCCUUGAGUGCACCCCCAGCCAGGGUAGCCUCAGCCCCUUGGAGCUGGCUGCUGGUGGGCUAUGGGGCUGCAGCCCUAAGCUGGGCGGUGUGGGCCAUCCUGAGCCCUCCCGGAGCCCCUGCCCAGGAGACGAAGCAGGGUCAGGAGAACAAAGCCUUGCUCUGGAGGCUGCUGAAGCUCUCCAGGCCAGACCUGCCUUUCCUCCUGGCCGCCUUCUUCUUCCUGGUUUUGGCCGUUUGGGGUGAGACUCUCAUUCCUUACUAUUCUGGUCAUGUGAUUGACAUCCUGGGAGGGGACUUUGACCCUGAAGCCUUUGCCAGUGCCAUGUUUUUCAUGUGCCUCUUCUCCUUUGGGAGCUCACUGUCUGCAGGCUGCCGCGGGGGCUCCUUCAUGGUGACCAUGUCCAGAAUCAACUUGCGCAUCCGGGACCUGCUCUUUGCCUCCCUGCUUCGCCAAGACCUCGGCUUCUUCCAGGAGACUAAGACAGCACUCUUUCAGGCGUUGCUCCUGGAGAUCCAGGAUGCUGUGGCGAAGUCAGGGCAGAUCGUGCAGGAGGCAGUCGGAGGGCUACAGACUGUGCGGAGUUUUGGGGCCGAGGAGCAUGAGGUCUGUCGCUACAAGGAGGCCCUGGAACGUUGUCGGAAGCUGAGGUGGCAACGAGAUUCAGAGCAAGCCCUGUACGAGCUUGUGCGGAGGCUGCUGCAGCUGGCUGUGCAGCUGCUGAUGCUGAACUGUGGCCUGCAGCAGAUCCUGGCCGGAGAGCUCACGCAGGGCGGACUGCUCUCCUUCCUGCUCUACCAGGAGAAUGUGGGGGACCACGUGUUUAGCCUGGUGUACAUGUGGGGAGACAUGCUGAGCAACGUGGGAGCUGCCGAGAAAGUGUUUGCCUACCUGGACCGACAGCCAAACAUGCCCCCCUCGGGGACACGGGCCCCUUCCCAUCUGGAGGGGCGUGUGGAAUUCCACGAUGUCUCCUUUGCUUACCCCAGUCGACCGGACCAGCCUGUGCUCAAGGGGCUGACCUUCACUCUUCGUCCUGGUGAGGUGACUGCGCUGGUUGGGCCCAACGGCUCUGGGAAGAGCACCGUGGCCGCCCUGCUGCAGAAUCUGUACCAGCCCAGCGGGGGCCAGGUGCUGCUGGAUGGGGAGCCCCUCUCCCAGUAUGAGCACCACUACCUGCACAGAAAGGUGGUGUUGGUGGGGCAGGAGCCAGUCCUCUUCUCGGGCUCGGUGAGAGACAACAUUGCUUAUGGCCUGGAGAACUGCAGGGAUGAGGAGGUGCUGGCAGCGGCCAGGGACGCCCACGCAGACCAAUUCAUAGCGAAGAUGGAGCACGGCAUGCACACAGAAGUCGGGGAGAAAGGGAGCCAGUUGGCUGUGGGGCAGAAGCAGUGUCUGGCCAUUGCGCGGGCCCUUGUGCGAGACCCCCGGGUGCUCAUCCUGGAUGAGGCCACCAGUGCCCUGGAUGCUGACUGUGAGCAGGCGCUGCAGGACUGGAAAUCCCGAGGGAACCGGACGGUGCUGGUGAUUGCUCACAGGCUGAAGACAGUUCAGGGUGCUGACCAGAUCCUGGUGCUCAAGAACGGGGAGCUGCAGGACCACGCCCAGCUCAUACAGGAGCAGGACACCUAUGCCAGUCUGCUGGGCCUGGACUGAGACUCCAGGGACACUGGACAUGUGUCACGGUCACCUGCACACCCCAGGAUAGCACCUGCUUUGAGUUUCCCUGGGGGGGAGCAUGGUGGAGGUUUGGGCCAGGUGUGCUUUCUAAAGAUGUGGGGUUGGGGAGCUGGGACACCGCCUCAUUUUCUUGUUGAACAGGAUGUUGCCUGAUGCUGA